AUGCUUAAAUUCCUGCAGGAUAUAGAUGUAGCCAAGAAGAAAAUCCUGAAUACUAUUAAUAACAAAUUUACAUUAUCGAGUAAAAACCAUGAUUCUCUGUUUCCAGAUGAACAGGAAGAAAAUAUGAACCACAUAUUUGAACCGGAUGUAUGUUUGUCUCAUGUGAAAGAUUCAGUUCAAAAUGAUACUGAUGCAUGUCGCAAGAUUUCCAGCAAAAAGAGUGAAGGAACACAUCGAAAAUUUCUCAUCCAGUGCAACGAUAGAAAGUGCAGUGGUGACCAAUCCAUUCAAUGUAAUGAUGAAUCAAGAACAAGUUUGAUUCAUUGCAAUGAAUCUAACCAUUCAUGUGGUAAAAAUGAAAAAAGGGAAGAUGAAUCUGCGAAUGCACAUCUAAAAUGGAGAAUAUGGAGGAGAGAAUUUGCACCUGCAUGCCAAACUCAAUAUGGGCAAAGCGACGAGGAGGGAAAGGAUUAUAAAGAUGAUAAGAAUUUAGAUGAAGAGGUGGAUGAUGACGUGGGUGAGCGGACCCAUCACUGUAGCGUCGAACCGAACGGUCAGAUCGAGGAGAAGUAUAAAAUAAGAAUCCGUGGGAAAAGAGGAUCAAAUUUGAAAAACAAUCCAAAUGUUGGAGGAAAGAGAAGAAGCGGUGGAAUGGAAAGCAGAAAAGAAAGAGAGGAAGAAGAGAAAGUAGAGGAAGAAGAGAAAGAAGAGAAAGUAGAGGAAGAAGAGAAAGAAGAGAACGAAGAGGAAGAAGAGAAAGAAGAGUACAAAGAGAAAGUAGAGGAAGAAGAGAAAGAAGAGAACGAAGAGGAAGAAGAGAAAGAAGAGAACAAAGAGAACGAAGAGGAAGAAGAGAAAGAAGAGAACAAAGAGAACGAAGAGGAAAAAGAGGAAGAAGAGAAAGAAGAGAACAAAGAGAACGAAGAGGAAAAAGAGGAAGAAGAGAACAAAGAGAACGAAGAGAAAGAAGAGAAAGAAGAGAAAGUAGAGAACGAAGAUGAACUCAGGAAUGACCACAGAAGCCACACGCCCACGAAGAUGGAUAGACAUAUUCGAGAUGAAAGUGAGAAUAGAUGCAACCAAGUCAAAAUGAUUCCACAGGGGCUGUGUAAUAAGUCUUCUUCAAAUGUAAGUUGUGUAAAAGCUUGUAGUGAAUCUGAAAGAGAAUUUUCUGUGGAAAGCAGAAUAAUGCUUACCAGUACAAAGGGAUUUCAUAAAGAGAUGGAAAGAGCUCCGACUGAUAAAUUUGAAAUGGAAGGGAGAAAAGAUAACGGAAUCGAGACAAAGACAGAAAUACAGGAGAGAAGAAACAAAAAAGACAUUGCAGUUGCUACGAAUAUUUUUGUAGAAUCAACAUUUUAUAAUAAUUUCAAGAAAGAAAUUGCCAAUAACCUGAUUUAUAAUUUUUACCAUGAAGAGUAUGAAGCUAUAAUGAAUCAACUGCCCUUGGAGAAGAAGCAACCAUGUGAAUUUCAAAUUCUAUUGAAAUGUGGUGAGAAAGGUGAAAUCACAGAUGGGAGUCAGAAGCGUGAAUUACAAUUGCAAUUGCAAAGAGAAAAAAAGAUGAACGUUCAAGAUUGGGCUAGCAAAGUGUGCGAGCUUGUUGUUCGAGACACAAAGGGCUUAUUUGAUAGUCUCAUCCUCUGUAAUGAAGAUAUAGAACAUUUAAGAAACAUGAGUAGGGACAAAAAAAUAUAUUUAGAUGAAAUUUCCGAGCUGAAAAAGAAAAAUAAAAUGCUUAAUGAUAUAAAUGAAAGGCAAACGAACCAGUUGUUACAAUUAUCUUGCCAGAUAUCAUCAAACAUAAAGAAUGAUUUUGAAGUGAAUGAACAAAAUUUUUUACAUGAGAAAAUUGAUUAUAUGGAAAAGGAAAUCAAACAACUACAAGGAGAAAAAGUUACUUUAGAAUCUUUAGCAAAUGAUAAACUUGCAUGCAUUAAAAAAAAUUAUGAAUUAAAAUGUUUUUUAAAAACUUUAGAAAAUGUUGUUCAUAAAAAAUCACAAGCUUGUAUUUCUCUAAAGCGAGAAAAACAAGAAUUGCAAGAAAAGUUAAAACUUUAUUUUGAAAAUUUGCAACUCGCAAAGGAGGAUUUAAAUAUGUAUAAAUUGGCUUUCUUGGAAAACCAGCGAGCGCAGAAACAUCUUGCUUAUCAAUUUAAGAACCUCCUUAGAACCCAUUCCAAAACGGCUAGGUGUGCACACAUUGGAAGUGGCACAUCGAUAGCUCACUCGAAGAUGCAGAAGAUAAAGGGGUUGAAGAAGACAAAGAAAUUGAAGAAGAUGAAUCACCUAAAGAUACUACGCCAAUAUGUGCUUGGAGAAGAACACCCAAUUGUGCACAGCAUGAAGAUCUGUAAUGUUAGAUGUAAUGUUAGAUGUAAUUUUGGCUGUAAUGUUAGAUGUAAUUUUGGCUGCAAUUUUGACUGCAAUUUUGGUUGCAAUUUUGGCUGUAGCUGUAGUGGCCGCUGUAGUCGUGACCCACGUGGAACCCACAAUGCCACAGCUCAUUCUGAAUCUGCAUGUGGGCAAAGGAUAGAUGUACACGAAGGAAUAGCCAAAAGGAGAAGCGUAAGCGACACACCUAAGGAGAAUAUUUCAAACUAUGAUUCUCUCACGAAGGAGGAACUUGCACACAAAGUAAGGAUGUACGAACUUGUGUUAGAUGAAUGGAAAUCUGUGUCAAUUAAAAACAAAAGUAAAAAUGACACGGAAUUGAAAGAAACAAAAAAGUUAUUAUCACAAGAAAGAGCAAAAAAUGCACUGAUUGAAAAGAAGUAUCAGUCUGUUUUAAAAGAAAUUACAAUAGUAAGCGAAGAGACGGAGCGGCAAAUGGAGCUGCAAAUGGAGAGGCAAAUGGAGCGGCAAACGGGAAGGCAGGUGGAGUGGCAGACGAAGCAACAGACAGAGUUACAAACGAGUGGGAAGGAAGAACUGUUGAAGUAUGAAGGCAGCUAUGAAUAUCGAACUUGCUUAAAAAUACAAGCACUUUUAAACGAAAUAAAUUUCCUAACAAAAGAAAUCGAAAGAUUACGAGAGGAUCAGCUCCUGCUUCAAGAGGGUGUCAAAAACAAAAGUGAAAUAAUAUCUCAUCUUAUAAAGCGACAUGCCCUUAGUGAGGAACACUUCAGGCUAGACACCAAUCUUUCCAUCUCCAAAGACAAGCUGACGUACGAAGAAAUGUGGAAAAUAAUGGAAGAAACUCUCAUCGAAAAUAUUCGCUUGCGUUCCGAUUUGUUAACCUUGGCCAAAUCGGUUCAAUAUUAA